CAUUUGAAAUUUACAGGUUAGGGCGAACAAACGUAACUAGUAUGUUUUGAAUUGAGACGUAGCAGUAACAAUAAUAGCAAUAAGAAAUGGGUUCUAACAAGCGGCAUAAGACUGAGAAAACCCGUGAAACCAAGAAAAAAAGACACCGUAGCCGCUCGAGAUCACAUUCAAUUGAACGCGAGAAAGCAGAGAAACAUAGGCAUCACAAGAAACAUAAAAGAAGGGAACGUAAAGAUCAAGAAAGCGAUGUGGAAAUCGUCAGUGCGCCUCCGCCUCCUAAGAUAUCACGACCAUCGCAUGCAUUGACACCGCCUCCACCUCCUGAAAUAUCACGACAACGAAGCCCAUCUCCAUCAAAAGGAGGUGCAGCACAAACAUCGUUAUCUAUUGAAGAGACGAAUAAAUUGAGAGCCAAACUUGGUCUCAAACCCUUGGAGACUAGCCAUGUUUCUGCGGAUGACCCACAUAAGAUUAAAGAUGAUUUGGGAGAAUUUUACCACAAGCCAGCUCCAAAUGCUAAUGAUAAAGUUAAAACGCAAAAAAUUAAAGAGAAACUUACAACUCAGAAAGAAAGACGGCAGAUAGAAUCCAAUCUUUCCAAAGUAAAAACAUUAGGUGAAAGUGACUCAGAUGAUGACGCCAAGGCUUGGAUACAGAAAAACAGACGGCUAGAAUCAGAGAAGAAGAAGGCCGAUGAGAGGGCAAAAAUGUUGGACCAGUUAGAUGAAGAAUUUGGCAUAGGUAAUUUGGUUGACGAGGAAGUACGAAGUGAGCGCCGGUCUGCCUAUUCUAACAAAGAUUUACGAGGGCUGAAAGUUGAACAUGACAUGGAUACCUUUGUGGAGGGCAAAACCGUUGUGCUGACUCUUAAGGAUCAGGCAGUUUUGGAUGGAAAUGAAGAUGUACUCGUGAAUGUUAAUUUGUUGGACGAAGAGCGAUAUUCCCGCAGUAAUUUGAACAAGACAAAGAAACCUGGAUAUGAUGCGUAUGACGAUGAUAAUUUUGAUGAAUACGGCUUUCCAAAAAAAACUGUCCUAGAUAAAUAUGACGAAGAGAUAGGAGGGCAAAAAAAGGAAAGUUUCGCAAUUGGUUACGAUAAUGCCAAGGAACGUAAGCAACGUCAAACUGAAAUCGUGAAAAACCGAUUGGCAAACAAAAAAUUGGAAACUCUGCGGAUGCCAGAAUUAAAAUUAGCUUCAGAAUAUUAUUCGGAUGCAGAAUUAGCCAAGUUCAAAAAGCCAAAAAAGAAAAUACGAAAAAUCAGACGAAAAAAGAUGUUGAAAGCAGAUGAUCUUGUACCGGAUACCACUGACUAUUUACGAGAUCUGGGAAGUCGGAGGCAUCCAAAACAUAAGGAACUGAAAGCUCAAGAGGAUUCGGAAAAUAUUAUGGACGUCGAUGACACCGAGGAUCCUACUGAAGAUUUGUCAGGUGUUAAAAUUGAAGAUGACGAUAGAGAAUUAGAGUUGCAACUAGCAUUAAAAAAGGCUCAGCGUGUAAAGCUAGCACUACAAUCUGGGGUAGAGAAAGUUGCUCAAACAAUAAAACGCGAAGUUGACGAUUCCAGUGAUAAUCAGGCUGGUAAUAUUGUACUCAAUGCAACUGCUGAAUUUUGUAGAACCUUAGGGGACAUCCCAACUUACGGGCUUGCUGGAAACAGGGAGGAGAACGUGCAAGAACUUAUGGAUUUCGAGGCCGAGGGAAUCAAAGAUGAAAUGGUAGAUGAUGGAGAAGACGCUGAUGGACGUGGAGCUUGGAAUACCGUUAAAAUAGAUGAAGCAGCUAGUGAGCCGGUUACGCUGGAAGCUGCGAUUCUGGAUGUAGAACCAUCAUUAGGCCAAGGUGUGGGCGGUGCUUUGAGACUCGCAAUGAGUAAAGGAUAUUUAGUGAAGGAGGAUACCAAUCGACCUUCUGCAUCACGGUUUGCUCAUUUGCAGGCACAAAAUUACUCAAUCGAAGACAAGACUUACGGAGACGAUGACAAAUUUGGCAGAAGAGAUAGAUUUAAUGGGCCAACAUCUGAAUUCAAAGAACGGGAUGGCUUUAAGCCAAAUGUCAAGUUAGAGUACAUCGAUGACGAUGGUCACGUUCUCAGUGCUAAAGAAGCAUUCCGAUAUCUUUCUCACAAAUUUCACGGAAAAGGUCCGGGUAAAAACAAGGUGGAAAAGAGAAUGAAAAAAGCAGAACAGGAAGUACUAAUGAAAAGGAUGUCUUCUACCGAUACUCCCCUAGGUACCCUCAAUCUGUUGCAAGCUAAGCAGAAGGAAACUCAGUCUCCGUAUAUUGUUCUUAGUGGCAGUAAACAAUUGCAAACGACGAGCAUAUCGAAGACAAAGCAUUGAGAAGAAAACUGAUGAGAAAAGUAUGUUGUAAAUUAUUAUAAAUAUCAAUAAUAAUAAUUACUGUGAGAUUUAUUUCUCGACAUAUUUCUCGUGCAUCUUUGAAUACUAGAAAAUAAUCAAUAUUAUUAAAAAUUUUUGAUCAUCUUUUAUGUCGAAACAUUCAUAGUCGUGUAUAAUAAUUUACAUCGCAAAUCUAGGAAUCCAUAUUUUUCAAAUAGCCUGAUCAGCGGCUCUUUUUAUCGCAGCCAAGCUGUUCAAAAUAAUUACACAAUUAUUUAUUUAUAGGUAUGAUCAAUUUUCUCUUACCAAUCAAAGUUCCGUGCCGAUAAAAGAACAUAUUUUAUUUUUGAACGUUACUUUAUCCAAACUAAUUUGUAAUAUACCUACAACUGACGGUAUUUAAAAAUGAAUAAACUGAUCAAUAAAAUAAAAAUUGAAUGUGAACAUGGUCAUCUGUAAAUUCAAUAAAAUAAACGGAAUGUCGAUAAACUUA